GUAUAUCUCUAGUGUCCAGAGCACGUCACGGUGGCAAGUGGUGUUCUCUCUCCGGUUUCUUUUGUAUUUUCUCUUUCCGAGGUGCAAAUAGGUCGGUCCGUUUUGUGUAUUCUCUACUGAACGGAUACUAUUAUUCCUCCCCCUUGCAACAGGCCCAUGCACGCACUUCCGCCGAUCCGAUCUGCGCGGUCAAGCAGCGGCAGCAGCGCCAAAAACAGAAGCGACACGGUCAGGGCCUCCGAUGUAUCCUCCUCGGAGACUUCGCAAAACACACGCGACACGACGGCCUCCGCGGCAGACGGCAUCAACCGCAACAAGCUUCGGCAAGAGGCAGGGCGACGCGUCCAGCACAUCACGCACGGCGUGGCGGAGCAGCAGACGUACCUCAAUAUGCUCCAGCACAUCCGUGGCCAAUUCGCUCACACGUCGCCGCUGCCGCUGCAGCCACUCGUGCUGCCGCCGCAGUGGCCCUCGACGGCGCGCCCACGGGAGCCGCAAACCGCAAAGUUCUCGCGGGGCAUUGCCCUGUACAAAAACCUGCAGAAGCACAACGAUGCCGCGCUGCCGGCUUCUGCUGCUGUGAGGGAAGGCAGUCAUACCUCGUACGAUGCCUCGGCUGCUGGGGUGGGCAUGACGAAGGAUGCUGACUUAAAAGCUGCUACUGUGGCUGCUGCUGCGACGGACGGCACGGCGAGCUACGUGCCAACGGAGCUCCCUUCCACGCCCACCAACUUUUCCCGUGCGCAUCGCUGGGAGACGAUCAACACGGACGAUCGCACCUUUUUCCAGCGUCGUGCCUUGGACGCUCUCGAGCGCAACUCCGUUACGGCGGAAGCGGAGGCUGAAGAAAACAUCGCGGACGGGCGUCGAAUGAGCGGCGACUUGGUGGAGGAGGUGGACCUCUCUCCGCUCGAUGAGCUUCCUACCCUGCAAGAGAAGGUGGCCUAUCUGUCCGACCUGGAGAGCGCGAGCCGUCGGCACGUCAUGGCGUACGAGAGGUGGGAUCAGCAGGUGAUAUCAGAGAUGAUGGCGGUGCGCUACGUCACGUUUGUGCUGAAGCCCAGCAUGGACGCCCUGCGCAUCGAGGAGACCGAGCAGCGGGAGAAGAUCUACCAGCACGAGGACCUCCUCAGCUUCUACCUGUUUUACGAAUCCCCUUUUGUCACGGCCAUUGCGGAGGGGAUUAAAGCGAUAAAGGCGCGCGAGAUGCAGCUGGAGCGUAUUCUCGGCGUGCGGGCCGCCUCGCAGCAGCGGUUGUCACAACCGAGCGUCAGCGUCAAUGAAAGCAGCUCCGCCACCGCAGAGGGCGGCGAGCUGAGCGGCGCACGUUCGUCGAGCACGUCCUUUCGAGCACCGAAGCCUCCUGCAACGAUGCCGAGCGGAAACACAGCUGCUGGUGGUGGUGGUGAUGGCGGUGUGCCGUCUCCUGAUGCUCGCCGCAUCUUGCAGCAGUACGUCCGACAUCGCUAUGGGGACUCCAUUGACGCUGCGGCUGCGGCGACCGCUGCUGCGCCUCUCUCGUCUCCUGCGAUGCCGAAAACGUGGUCGCCCUCGGCCAACGCGACCUACCCCAGUGCGGCCAACGCCGAGACGAUCCGGCGUCCCUCUGCGCUGGUUCUGCCCUCGCAGCCCUCGGCGCACGCACCGCGCCGCAACGCCGUGGGCAUCGCCGACUACGUGGCCUUGCUGGAUGAGUGCAUGAGUCUGCGCGGGCACAUCGUACUCGCUGAAAAGAAGUCCCGCGCCGACAUCAACCGUGCCUUCUACGAGGAGCAGCAGGUGGUGUUGGAGUGGCAGCGGCGGCGCAUGCACCUCGAGCGUCUUACCUACUGGCGGCAGCAGCGUGAGGAUGCGGUGCAAGACGAACUUGCUGCCCUGACGGAGGUCAAUGUCGGCGCCCCGCUUGACCCGAAAGCGGUGCUGCUGCUGGAGUUGCUGGAGGGGGAGGAGGAGGACGCCCGUGCCGCCCUCUGCGCCGAGGAGCGGCGCUGCAGCGAGGACGAGGUGUGGGCGACGGGCCAGGCGCUGCGUCACCGGCACGAACGUCAUCAAGUGGAGAGAGAAUGUGCGGCUGCGUUUGACGGCGGCGUACGGGCAGGCGAAGCAGCGGCAGCACAGCAAAUCCUCCUCCUCGAGGAGGCGAGCCUGCGUGGCAUCAAGGAGAGAGGGGCGAGGCAGACGAUGGAGCAGGAGCUCAGCCACGGCAUGGCCCAGCUGCAGGCGCUGUGGGAAGUCAGCGUGAGUCCGGCGCAUUAUGCUUCCCUCGGCGUGCUGCAGUCUGCUUUCCGCCGCUCCCUGCGUGGCCGACUGGGCUGGCGCGCCGCGAACCGCGCCCUCGGUCGUGAAAUCAAUCACGCACGAAAUGCCAAGAAGAUAUCUGCCGGGCAGCGUACGCUCCAGUCCUUCAAGGAUACGCUAGAGGCUGAGGAAGCGCAGCUGCUGCGGGAGCAGGAGGCGCAGCAAGUCCAGGAACAGCACGUGCUGCUUGCCGGGGAGGCGGCAGACCGCGUCGCCAUCUGCUCGGAGCAAGACUUGAUUCGACAGGGCAUCCGACGCGCCAACGCGCUGCACGUCGCACAAAUAUACCUCCCCGUAUUCCAGCGCCUUGUGGCUGCGGAGGAGGUUGCGCGCAUGCAACUCGAGGUGGAGGGGGAGUGCGACGAGGAGGCGCUGCGGCGUGCACAUGUGACGCUGACGGACGUCGUCACCCGCAAGGCUCGUGCCCGCAACGACGAGGUGGCCGCCCGCAAGGCGCUCGUGGCGGAUGAGCGGGCCGUGUGGCGCGAGCUGCGCAGCGCCGAGGCGGACGCCCGGGAGGAUCUGCGACUCUGUGCCGAGGCGGACGAGGCGGUGCGACAGGCGGACCGCGACUCGUUCGUGGAGGCGGCGCUGCAGGCCAGUCGCGACUACCGCGGGGGGGCCUUCGCCGCCUACGUGCGCCAAAUAACCGAGGCGGAGCUGGAGGUGCUCGGGUACAUCUCCACGGACUCUGCGGAGCGUUGGGCCAUCUGCGCGGAGGAGGCGAAGGCGGCGACGCUGCUGGUUUCGGAAAUGUCCGCGCAGGCCUGCGAGAUCUUCGCUCAAGACCUACUCCACACGCGUCAGGAGGACUUUGACCGAGAGCAUCGACAGGCCCUCUGCGUGGGAGAGACGGAGAGGCGUGCGGACAUUGUACUGACGCAGGCGAUUGACUGGGAGGCGUUGAAGCCGGCGCUGCUGGAGACGCUGUCGGGUCCUCUGCGCGACUUGAUUGACCGGCGUGCUGCGGUGAAUGCGAUCAGCACGUGGUUCUCCGCCGUGCGCAACGGCGACAUUGGCAGAGCAGUGUCGCGGCGGCAGCUGCACGACGACCUCACCCGCUACCGUGAGGAGCGCAACCUGCGCACGCAGCAGAUUUCGCAGCGCUUGCACACUCAGCAGGUCCGCGAUCAGCUCGAUGCCUUGAUGCGCGAGAUACGGCAGGAGGAGACCGAGGUGGUUCAGCAGCACCUCGACAUUCUCGUCCACCGCGAGGAGCCGCGGGGUCGGGAUGAUAUUGAGUCGAUGCAGGAGAUCGUGUUUGGCAUCGUGGUGCGCAACGCAGAGGCGCACACGGCAGAGGUGCGACGGCAGCUGGUGAACACGGAGGCGCUGCUCUGGCAGCAGGAGUCGUACGAGCGCAAGCUGCUGAUCAAAGCGAGUCGACGCGUUUUCAAGGAGCUGAUGGAGCGGGAGCAGCGGCAGCUCAGUGAGGAUUACUUCGCCUCUCGCAUUCAGCGCACGUGGGCGGCCUACGCGGCGCGCAAAAAACACGCGCAGGUCAUGGCGGACCAACGCGCACAGGUGUGCGCAUUAGAGCAGCAGGCACGCGUGGCUGUGCAGCUGGAGGAGUUGGAGGAGGCGACCUUGGACGUUUACAAGCCCUGCGAUGCCACCGUGUUCUUUCACACCUACGUUCAGCAGUCACUCACGCACGUGUAUGAGAAGCUGUGCCUCGCUAUCCUCGCCUCCACCAGUGCACGGGAGCGGCAGGAGAGGGCGUCCCUGCUGUGGGAGAUGCGGUACGACAUGUGCGACUUUUGCCUUUGCUCUGAGGAGGAGCGUGCGCGCCGUGCCGUGGCCGCUGACUUUCAUAAGCCCUUUCGUCUCCAAGAGGAGCUGCUGCAGACGGAAGCGCGAGAGCGCCGGCUGUUAGUGGAGGAGCGCACGUCCUUUCUGCUGCGUGUUUUUGCACGUACGGAACAGGCGCACCGGCAGGAGGUGGCGGCGGAAGCGACGAGGCGGUUGACGGAGGUGCAGAAGGAGCUGGACGAGGCGAAGUACAGGGCGGCGCCAGAGCUUUAA